CACUCCUUCCAGGACCAUUCCAGACUCCAGCAUCAUAAGAUCUCAUCGAUUGCGAACGGUUAUCUCGUCACCACUCCUCCUAACGCGAGUCAAUCGCGUCAGUCGCAUCAACCCAUCAAUCACCGUAAUAAACAUAAAACUCUUCAGCAGCGGCCAAGAUGGGCAAGAAAAAACGUGGCCAUCCUGACGUCGAGGAGCUCUUGGCUCGACCUUGGUGCUAUUACUGCGAGCGAGAUUUUGAAGAUUUGAAGCUCCUUAUUUCCCAUCAAAAAGCAAAACACUUCAAAUGCGAGCGCUGUGGAAAGCGACUAAACACGGCUGGAGGUCUCUCUGUCCACAUGAACCAAGUCCACAAAGAAAACCUCACAAGCGUCGAGAAUGCGCUGCCAAACCGGCAAGGCCUAGACAUUGAGAUCUUCGGCAUGGAAGGUGUUCCCGAGGACAUUGUGCAGCAGCACAACCAGCGCAUCAUUCAAAACUUCUACACUGCCCAAGCCGAAAGGCAAGCCGCCACCGGCAACCCGCCGCGGGGCCAAUCAGGCGGCCAAGGACCCGCAAAGAAGAUCAAGAUGGAGACGCCCGAGGAGCUGAAGAAGCGUCUGGCCGAACACCGCGCAAAGGUCGCUGCCCAGAAAGCAGCCGCCGCAAACGGUGGCACGCCCGUCGCCGCGCCAGUUGAUGGCCCGAGCCCAGCGCAAGGCGCCUCACCCUUCCCUCCUCCGCAACCCGGCGCCGGCUUCCCCUACCCCGGUGCGCCGCCGCCGCCCUACGCAGGCGCGCCGACCUACUCUCCAGCAACAACCUACCCGCCAGGACCGUCUCCUCCCCCGGGCGGCGCGGCCCCAUUCAAUCUUCCCACCCAUCCUCCCAGCGGCGGCGUCGGCGCCGGCCUGCCGCAGCCGCCUCCAUACUACUUCAACAACGGCGCUGGUGCGGCCGCGGGCUAUGGCCCCGGUGCAUCGACGGUGGACGAGUUGGUGGCGAACGCAGCAAGACAAGGACAAGGCGGUAGUGGCGGCGACGACAUCGAUCAGCUCAUAAGGAUGGCUGAGGCUGGGAUCAGGCCUGCCGCUGUUGCACCCGGUGCUGGGGCUGGGCCUGCGAAAGGCGACGCCACGACCGGCGCCGAGAAGGGCAAGAAGGGAAUGCGCAUGGUCUAUGGCGAUACCGAGGUCAGUCCCGAGGAGAAGAUGGCUUUGUUGCCCAGGUACCGGUUUGUGGGUGAAUCGGUGGGGGCUUGAGGCUGGCGUUUGUUGGUGACAAUGGUUGCUGGUUUGGCUGAGGCGAGAGAAUCUGACUGCGCGACCGGGCUGGACAUCGCGAUCGCCUGCUGACUUGGCGCGAUGGGAGGUUCUGGGUUGGUUGCGCCUUUGUCUGUGUUUGUACGAGUUGGUUGGCACUGGGUGGCUUGGGCGGCUUCCAGGAGUUCUACAAUAUGCCCUGCAGCCUGUAUACUUCCGAAGACAGGAAAUGCAUACCACGUCAUGACGACGAGUAAGCCUCCCUACAGGUGCGUAACAGGGCUAGCGAGCGAGAUUGACAGACUACAUGCGAUGGCCUGUGAGGUGUUUGCCCAGACUGACCUGGAAUUGUCUGUUUGGCCAUGGGG